AUGCGUCUGUCGAAUGCAUACCGCGAUUUUGAAGUGUUCAAGAAAAACAGUCGAGCGUUGAUCUGUUUAAGGGCCCUCUUAUCAGCGAUGGCUUAUGCGCCCGGCGAUUUAUGGUUGAUUUCCGCACCUGGUGAGAAGACUAAUCAGGAAACAUGGGAUAAGCUGAAUCGAACCACAUCGUCCUUAUCCAGCAAUUACAAAUUCAAUAUACCCGAUCUGAAGGUAACGCUCAUCAAUUUUAUUCCCAGCAAGCGAGCCGUAGUCAAACAAUGA